GAAUUAUCACACAUUUUCACAUAUAAGAAACGCACGCCUUUAGACAACAAAAGACAAUAGUCUUCCUCCUACUACCCUUGUCAGACUCAACCCAUCACUACUCUCAUCACAUCCCUCCUCAACCCACACACCUGCCGCCAUUUUCUCCGACAAGCCCUCCUCUCUCGCCGGAAAAAACUUUCCGGCAUGGCUAAUAACCCACCUGACGGCUACUCAGAUGACUUCUUGGAGCAAAUUCUUGCAAUCCCAUCUUACAAUGGCUUGUCAAACCCUGAUGGAACUUCAUCGGAAGCUGCUUCUCAUCUCCCCGGCGGUGCUCAACAGCCGUUUUUCCCCUUGGGUUUGAGCCUGGAUAAUGGCCAGCGGGAGAGAGGAGCCAUGAAUAUGGGGAAUUUGUUUCCAGUAUUUGAGCAUUUACAGCCUCACUCUGUUCGUCAUGCUGUUCCGCAGAUGCACCAGGGUUUUCAAGGACCGCCAACUACAAGCACUGCAGUGACUGUGCCACACCCUCCUAACAUGCGCCCAAGGGUACGGGCUCGACGAGGACAAGCCACAGAUCCUCAUAGUAUUGCGGAACGGCUGCGUAGAGAAAGAAUUGCUGAGCGGAUGAGGGCCUUGCAGGAACUUGUUCCCAGCUGCAACAAGUCAGAUAAGGCUGCUAUGCUGGAUGAGAUUCUGGAUUAUGUGAAGUUCUUGAGGCUCCAAGUUAAGGUCUUGAGCAUGAGUAGGCUGGGUGGAGCUGGUGCUGUGGCACAGCUUGUGUCAGAUGGCCCAUUGCAGUCAGUGGAGGGGGGCAUGAUUGAAAAUGGAGGUGAUCGUCCUGUUUGGGAGAACUGGUCAAAUGAUGACACUGAACAAGAAGUAGCUAAACUGAUGGAAGAAGAUGUUGGAGCUGCCAUGCAAUUUCUGCAAUCCAAAGCACUAUGUAUCAUGCCAAUCUCACUAGCUGCACUGAUAUAUCCUUCUAAUCAGUCGGACAUCUCCAUCGUCAAGCCUGAACCUCCACCUCCGUCAUAGAUGUACAGCAAGCUGCACGUGCCUAUGACGACUCCUUUACAGCGUUAUAUGUCUCAUUCUCCUUUACAUCAAAACUUAUCGUAUAAUUAAGUAUUAUCUUCUGUUACUUGACGUCUACGCUAUACAAUCAAAUUUAGAUGCCCCAACUGUACCUGGCCCCUCUCCCUAGUCCUUCUGGUCUAAAAGUAGGUGAUUAAGGGCAGAUUAUUUGAAGGAUAGUUUGGUAAGCAAAACCCUCCUUUUGCUGUGUGGGUAAUUGGUUUUUUCUAUGGUGGCCACUGGGAUGCCUACAUAAAGAGUAUGGAUUAAUUUAAGUAUUACAGAUGCUUUAGAUGGAUAAAGAAAUGUGCCUUUUGGGAAAGUAGUUUCAGAAAGAUGAUUUGUGCUUGACUUGUAUAAUUUAGUUAGUGGGAUAUGUUUCUUGAAAGUAAGAAAGUACUGCUUUUCCUUUAAAAUGUUUGCUUAUUAUUAAGUCAUGGCCCAUAUCUAUCUGUCUAGGGAUCAGCAUUUGGAAAUUUGGUGAUUAUGGGCCUAACUGAUUACAACACUUUCUUACUUUAUGUUAUAUUUCAUUUUGUAGUA